AUGACGGAAGAAAUUAAAGAUUCUACUGACGAAAAAGAGCAAUCACAACCUGUUAUAUCAAUUAGUAGAGAAGCGAUGGAAAAAGCGAUCGCUGCCUUCCCACAAAGUAAACUUAACAGAACAACUACAAAUGCAUCUUUCCUCGGGAUUCCACAACGCAAUGUAACGUACAGAAUUGAUAAAGCCAAAGAAAUUGAGAAAGUCGAAAUUAGUGAAAAUGAAUCUGAUGAAAACGAAACUUGUACAGAUCCAACAAAAUCCGAUGAAAAUGAACUUCAGUUAGGUGGAGAAUUUAAAACAACAGAAAUUCAAAAAGAAAAAUCAAUUGGAUGGUGGAAAAAAUAUCCUAAUCGAAAAUUAAUAAUACGUCAACCUCUAUGUUUAACGUGUUUACCAUCAAGCAGAAAAUAUUUUAUAUCAAAACCUAAUUUGCCAUGUUUCAGUAUACAAAAUCCAGAGGAUAAUGAGAAGCAACGACAAGAUGAAGUUAAAGUGAUUAAAGCAUCAGAACAAGAAACAGAACAGCCUGAAAUUAUUGGACAAGAAUGUGUCAAACUUAAAGAAAUAUCAAUUCCUUUACCAGCAUGGUUAGUAGGAUUAAAAGAUGUAUUUAGUGCAACUAUAUCACCGUAUAGCAAUAUUUAUCUUCUAUGGUUAGGUUUCUUAUUGAUAGCAGUUUUAUACAAUUAUAUUACUAUACCAUUUCGUGAAGCAUUCAAUAUAUACGAUGAUGAAGAUAACAUGACAUUAUGGUAUAUAUUGAAUUCAUUGAUGGAUACACUUUAUUUAUUGGAUAUAUUAUUAUUAAAACCACGUAUAGAAUUUCUUGAUCAAGGUAUUACAAAAACGGAUUUUAAAUCAUGUGCUUUACAUUAUUUUAAAAGUUUACAAUUUAAGAUUGAUGUCAUUUCAAUCAUACCGUUGGAUUUAUUCUCCUUGUUUUAUGAAAAAGAUAUGGCACGUUUUCGUGUUUUUCGUUUGGUCAAAAUAAAUGCAUUUUGGGAAGCUUUCGAAAAAUUAGAUCAGCGUUUAAAUGCUGGUUAUGCAGUACGACUUGCACGAACUAUCAUAUACAUGAUUUAUAUUAUACAUUUAGAGACUUGUGGUUAUUAUGCAUUUAAUCGAUGGCAAGGUCUAGGCGAAACAUCAUGGACAAUUCAACCAGGUCCAAUUUCACCAUACGUCUAUUCUUUCUAUGUUUGUAUGAAAACUGCAACUUCAAUUGGUUCAUUACCUGCAGCGACGAAUAGUUCAGAAUUUUUAUUCAUGACUUGCUAUUGGUUAAGUGGGAUACUUGUAUCAGCUAUUCUGAUUGGUCAGGUCAUUGAUAUAUUGGAUUCAGCGAGUGCAAAUAAAGUGAAUUAUCGUAAAGUAAUGGAUGCUACAUUAUCAUCUAUGCAACAAUUACAUGCUCCACAACAUGUUGUUGAUAAAGUACGCAGUUGGUUUAUGUAUAAUUGGGAUCAACAGAAAACAUUUAAUGAAAAUUCAUUAUUUGAAUGUUUACCAAUAAAGUUGAAAAGUGAUUUAGCCAUUAGUGUACAUUUUCAUACUUUAAGUAAGGUGACUUUAUUUCAGAAUUGUGAAAAAGCUCUCAUCUACGACAUGAUAUUGAGAUUGAAGCCUGUCGUAUUUCUGCCCAAGGAUUAUAUUUGUCGAAAGGGUGAAGUCGGUAAAGAAAUGUAUAUUGUAAAAAGUGGUGCAGUUGAAGUUGUUGGCGGCCCUAAUAAUUCCAUUGUAUUUGUUACACUUAAAGAAGGCAGUGUAUUCGGUGAAAUAAGUUUAUUAGCUUUAUCCGGUAAGAAUAGAAGAACAGCUGAUGUAAGAUCAAAAGGUUUUUCAACGUUGUUUAGUUUAUCAAAACAAGAUUUUGAAGAAAUAAUGAAAAAUUAUCCACAAGCACAUGAAUUAUUGAAGAAACGAUCACAGCGAAUGCUUAGUCGAGACAAGAAAAAAGCAACUGAUGAGGCAGUUAAAGAAAAGAAGAAACUUCAGAAAGAGAAGAAAGUUAUUCCUGAAAGACCUGCCACACCAAAGCUAAUUGAAACAGUCGUAAAGGUUAUUGAAUCUACUUAUCCAGAUAAAAUGAUAGCUAGACGACUGAAGGGUAGUUUUUCAAGUGAAUUGGGAACAAGACGUAGAUCGAUUUAUACAGUCAAACCAAGUGUUAACAUGGUCACCAAUAAAAAAUCAUCAAUUUCUAAUACGAAUGAUGACAAUACAAUUAAUUGUAAUGAGAAGGAACCUGAAACAGUCCCAUGUCAAAAUGAAUUACAGAAUCAAAAACUUACAGAUACUCUGCCAAAGGAAGAUACAAACAAUCAUGAUGAAGAUGAUAGCGAUAAACAAUCUGAGAACUUCGAUCAAAGUGUUGUAACUGAGAGAACAACUCAACAUUGGAUUGAUAUGUUAUCGGUUGGUCGAAAUCCUAUCAAACGUAUUACAAGUUAUUUUCCGCAUAUCUGUUAA